AUGACAUCCAUUACCAUGGACUCUAGGCUAUCUGGUCAGGAACUAGAUCCAACCAAAGGGAAACUCUUUGGCAGCCAAACUUGGAGCGUUCCCGGUCAUACUAUAGUUGCCGGACAAGCCAUGACUGGAGUUUACGUAACCCGAGCAAGUCUGGGGAGGGUGGCCAGGCUUGGGGCUUUGUACGACAUCAGGACGGAUACCUUUUUGAAAGACACUUUACUGGUUUCAAAACUUGACGAUUCCAUGGUGGAAAGAAUGGACCUUGCUGAGACUGUCAUUGAACUUACAAUGGUGGACAGCUUACAGGAAAAGUGCCAAAAACUCAAUGUAGAAGCUGAACUUGAGGCAAGUGUAUUUACUGGCAUGGUGAAACUUGGUGGUUCUGGAACUUACCUUGCAGAUGAGCAGAAAAGUGCAAGGGCCCAUAGCAUGAGUCUCAUCUACAAGCUAAAGACAACUAACGAGGAGGUGAUGCUGACCCAGAACAAACAUCUUAUCGACAAGGAAAUAUUAUCAGAUACUAACCCCGAUGCAACACACGUUGUAGUAGGUAUUGAUUGGGGAGCUCAGUGUACAAUCACGUGCGAGUAUGAGAAUACUGAGAAUGAUGAUGUGACUAAAGUAAAGGGAGAAAUGAAGGCAGAAUUGGGGAAAUUUAAGGUUCUCUUAGAUACGAAAGGGAAGGCAACUGUUGAUUUAGAGGAUAGAGGUAAAACUAAAAAGAAAAUGUUUACAUUUAAAUGUCGCGCCGAUGUGAAAGCUUCAGAUAAAGAUCUCCCAAUCACGUUCGAGGGAGCUGUUGAUCUUGCGAGAUCUUUACCUUCGCUUGUGGAAAAGACUAACGAUGGUAAAGGGGUUCCCGUCACAUACUAUCUCACGCCACUUGAAAAUGUCAGAAAAAAAUGCAGGGUCCAAACUGCCAUAGAGAUGGCUUACAAACAAAUUGACGAGAGUACUGUUCGGAGGAGUACCGGGAUCUUGGAAAAGGUGAAAGUAAAAUGUCGAAAGCUUUAUGACAUACACCACGAUAUGCAUUUUUAUAAUGAAUUCAUUUCCGAUGAAGCAUUGGUGAGAAUCGAUGAGGCCUGGGUGGAGGUCACUAACCAAGAAUGUCGUUUCAAAAAAGAUCUCCAGGAAGUAUUGAAAAGUGUGAGAUCGGGAAAGGUUCCUGUUAGUGACCUAGAAGAUAUAUUAGAGAAAAUAAAGCUUGAGGAUAUCUCUACUUCAAAGUACGAAAAGGAAUUCGAAACAUACGUUAUGAAAAUAGAAAUGAUCAAGUUUAUGAUAAGCAAGGGAAUCAAGUGUAUUGGUAAGAAAAAUCAGCUUGUUAAAGAUGCACAAAAACAAGUUUUCAUCUUAUACGUAGUAAAAAACGGAGAUAGGGAAGCUAUUGAGAAAAAUCACGACUUUUUCAUGCGUCUCUUUUCCACAUUCCAUGGCAACGAGGCUUGUGAAUUCAUUGUAGUAGAUGAAGAAGUUGUAUCACACAAUGUCUGGCCAGAUAAAAUAAAGAAAGUUACCAUUGAGAAGUACGUAAAUGGUACACGAACGUCUGAUGAUCUAUAUGAGGAUGAGGGUCAGUACCUUGAGGAGUGCAUGGUUCAAGUUAUGAAUCCUGACCCAAAAUAUUCUCUCCCUAGGGAACUGACAAUCCUCAAGCUCAGAUGUCCUAAUUCUUUUCCAGGAAACGGGAGUUGUCCUAACAUCGAUCUACAAUGGAAGUGUUCGAAGUGCAAACAAUGUAUGAGGUAUGGCACAACUUCCAAACUCCUUUACUGCACUUGCGGUAAAUCAAACCCAUAUUUUUGUCAGUUCCGCUGCAAUGAUCCACAACAUGGUAUCAAUUUCAUGCAGUAUCCGAAAGACUAUCUGGGUGAUGGCCUUUCUUCUUUGAAACUAACCGAAGAACUAAACGUACUCAUACUUGGUGAGACAGGAGUUGGUAAAUCCACUUGGAUCAAUGGGAUUCAAAACUACCUGUCAUAUACCAAUUUAAAUGAGGCGAUGAUUGCUCAGGAUUUCCCUGUAUUGAUUCCAUCAUCCUUUGUCUUUUCGCAAGACGGCGAGGCAAAAAAAAUCAAGGUAGGAACAGAUGACCCAAAUGAGGUACAGGAAGAAGGCAAAUCCUCGACGAAAAAAACCCAGUCAUAUAUAUUCUAUGUUGGUGACAGACAGGUGCGCUUGAUUGACACACCGGGUAUAGGAGAUACUGGUGGAAUCGAACAGGAUGUGAAAAAUAUGAACAACAUACUAUCGUACCUUUCGUACUAUUCGGAAAUACAUGCAAUAUGCAUCCUUCUAAAGCCGAACAAUUCAAGGUUAACUGCAAUGUUCCGGUUUUGCAUUCAAGAGCUGCUCGUUCAGUUACACAGUUCAGCCAAACACAAUAUUGUGUUUUGUUUCACGAAUGCUCGACAGACUUUCUAUCAGCCUGGCGAUACACUGCCUAUCCUUAAUACAGAGCUUAGGAACAAAAAUAUCGGAAUCCAAGCAACAAAGGACAACUACUUUUGUUUCGAUAACGAACCAUUCCGAUUUCUUGCAUGCAUAAAGAAUGGUGUUAAAUUUAGCGAGGAGGAUAUUUCCACUUACUCGUCAAGUUGGGAAAGGUCUGUUAAGGAGACAAAACGUCUCUUUAGUUACAUUGACUUUGAGUUGAAACCACAUAAUUUGCAGGAGACCCUCGGCUUAAAUGAAGCACGCAGAAUUAUUAUAGCAAUGAGCAAACCCUUGGCAGAAGUGGCACACACAAUCACGUACAAUUUGGAGGCGGCGAGAGAAGCCAAAUCAAAUAUUGGUCUGGCUAAUGCUGAAAUAGAUUCUCUAAAAGGAGACCUGAAUUUCACAGGUUUCAGUCUUAAAAGAGAGGAACUUGGCUAUCCAAGGACGGUAUGUGCUGCCCCAGAGUGCAUCAAGUAUGUCCCAGUAGGUGAAACAAGAGUUCAAAACACAGUAUACGAGCAGAUAUGUCACGACCACUGCUACCUUGACAAUGUGACAAUCGAAACAACAAAUAAUACACAGCUCCGCGGAUGUGCGACCAUGAGCGGAGGAUACUGUACGAACAGUAACUGUAAGCAUAGUUAUAAGCACCAUAUGCAUAUUACGUAUGACUUGACAGUGAAGCCAGAAAAGUUUUUAUCCCCAAAAAUUCAAUCUGAAAUAAAUAAGAUUCGCGACAAAAAUGAAAAGAAAAAAGAAUAUGUAAAGCAAAUCAAUAAGAAAGUCGCUGAGUUGGAAGAGGAACAACAAAUCAUUAUGAAAACUGGAGCAAAAUUCGGCUCGUUCCUUAAUGCUAAUGCUCUUAUCCCAUACAACGAUGCUGUAGGCGACUACCUCGAUAUGUGCAUAAAGCAAGAAAAAGCAAAACCAGCAGAAACACGAAAUGAAAAUGUGCUCGAGACCAUGGCAAACAUGAAAUCGGAAUACACUCAACACAGAGAAAUUCUAGACAAUGCCAUUGGCGAAGGGGCCAGUGAAAAUAUAAAGACACCAGAACAGGUAAAAGUGCUUCAAGAGCAACUCUUUAAACUUAAGCAUUUUGGGGCCAUCUUGAAGACAUUGUUCAGGGAGAUUUCUUUCGAUAAUUCAGCUAGCCACAUGCAGUUUCAAGAGAAAAUGGUACCGCCUCUGAAGGCAGCGGGCCGACGGAAGGGGAGAAGAUCAGAUAACGCUGAAAAUGUUGAUAAAACUCGGUGUUCACUCUUAUAG